AUGGCCGGGGGGAGGAGCGGCCACGGGGAAAAUGCUCUGGCUGCGGCAGGUCGCCACGUGGCGGGAGUGGGGAAGCACGUGGAAGGCGCGUGCCGAGCCAUGUGGGUGGAAGGCUCCAAUCACGGGCAGAAGCGCGAGUACCAACUUGUGGGGGGCGGCGGCGAUUUGAUUGAGGGGCACAUCGUACCAGACACGCGCUCCAUCCCCGAUCGCCUCAUAGCCGCCUUCAAGGACAAGUUCUUCCCCAUGGGUUAUCCUGACAGCGUGGCAGAGGGCUACAUGCUGUUCUCGCAGUACAGGGGUAUUCAGCACAUUGCUGUGGCUGCUCUCAACGUGCUCUCCACUCAGUCGCUGCUCUUCGCGGCAGGCCUGCGCCCCACGCCAGUACAGGCGACCAUAGUGAGCUGGGUGGUGAAGGACGGCAUGCAGCAUGCCAGCAAGAUCGCAGCCAGUCGUCUCGGGCGCAGCAUGGACGCCGAUCCCAAGCGCUGGCGCGUGGCCGCUGACGUCGUAUGCGAUGUGGGGGCGUUUCUGGAGUGCCUCUCCCCGCUCAUGCCCCACCGCUUUUUGUUGCUCGCCGGGCUUGCCAACGCGGGGAAGGGCCUAUCACUGGUGAUAGCUCGUGCCACGCGUCUGCCGCUGUACGAUGCAUUUGCAAAGGAGGGCAACAUCAGCGAUCUGUAUGCCAAGGGCGAGGCCAUCAGCGUCCUCUCCUCCCUCGCUGGCCUGGCCCUCGGCCUCAAACUCGCCUCCUCUGUCUGCCAGACAGCACAAGCUAAGCUGGCAGCAGUGCCGGUGCUGGCGGCGGUGCAUCUGUGGUCGGUGACAGAGGAGAUGAGGGCCGUGCCAAUCAACACUCUCAACGCUCAGCGCACCAACGUUCUCAUCAACCACUUCCUCUCCAGUGGCGAGCUACUGAGUCCAGUGGACAUGCGGUGGAGGGAGAACAUUGUGAAGCCCGACCCGCCGCUCACACUGCCUGCUGCCCACCGCCUCGCCCUCCAGCCUGCACCACAUCUGAAAAAACUCUUCUCCAAUGAGAAGUUUCUUCUCAGCUGCCCGGAACGGGACGCAGCGGGUGGUGUCCCUCGGAAGAUGCAUCUGAUCCUCCACAAGACAGCGGACGGCCAGGAUGCAAUCAGAGCUUGGCUGCUAGCGUCCUGCAUCAGCCAGGCAAUCAGCAGAAAGGCACAGGUAGCUGGAAAGAGCAGCACAGGGGGUGCUGGAUGGGGUGACUGGGAGGGGAGUGUGCGGGAGGCAUAUGGAGAGAUGGAGCAGCUGCUGCCACACAUGCUCAGGGGGUUGAAAGACAAGGGAUGGCACACUCAUUCGUUCCUGCAGGGCUCCACAGCUAGGAGGGCAGUGUGGUGA